GCCAGCUGCCAGUGGACAACUUUUUUUGUUUUUUGUUUUUUUCUCUCGCCCCCUUUCUCUCACCCCAUCCUCAUAUCGACCUGUUAUCCUAGCGUGUGCUGCUAAUGUGCCAUUACAUAAUGGUUCACUUUGACUUGACGGUCCAGCUGAAGCCAUGUGAACGGUUGAAAGGACUUUUGUAGCAGCUUGGCAUUCUGCACAAAAUGCAGCCGAUCUGAUAUCUGAUGCAUGCUGAAGAUCACAGAGAACAGAAGGUUUGAGAGGGGCUGUCACAGAUUAUUACGCUAACAGGAAAUAUUAGUUUGGUGCUUUUGUAGCGGAGAACAUCUGGCCUAAUCGGUGUGAAUAUAUGAGUCUGCUAAUGGUGAGGAGCCGACCUGGUGCCUUGUUUGUUCCUGAAGAUGGACCCACAUUUUAAAUCUUCACUUAAAAUAGUUUACAUCACUCUUUAGUAUAUAGUUUUACAUUUUUUCUCUUUGUCAGAUCAGAAAUCGUAGAGGAAGAGACAAAGAGACGAUACGAAGCAUACGUUUUAUGCACAGUACGGUACCUUGCUUAAGCUUUAACCCACCCUUUAUUUGUUUUGUUUUGUUAGGAAAAUAGGAAAUGGGUGCACUGAUUUGAUGAAACGUGUGAAAACAUACAGAGUGGGGACAAGCCUAACCAACCUGAAAGUCACUUUUAUUCUUGAACACAGCUGGAACUUUUGUAGGUAAGCUUUCUCAGAAGUGUUUAAAUAGUCUUCAGGAAUAGUUCUCCGGGCUUCUUGAAGGACACUUAAAGCUCAUCUUUGGAAGCUGGCUGCCUUUUGUUCUGUUCUCUGUCAAGAUGAUCCCAUACAGUAGAUUGAUGAACUGAAGGUACAGAAGCAUCUCUUAGGUCCUGUGUCAGAUCUUUGCCAGAUUAUGUCCUAUUCCUUAAAAGAUAUGACUUCCAGAUACUGUUGGUGUUUUGUUGUUUUUAAGGAUGUACUGCACACCAUGCCCAAAUAUUCCAGGCUUUCAGCUAAUAUGUCUUUGGGAAUCACCAUUAAAAAUGUGACUUGGAUCAAUCGACCAGCUGAUUAAAAGCUAAUUAGUAUAUUAUGAUCAAAUUCCACAUAUUUACUUCUUCCAUCUUCUGAAAUGUGAAGCUUUCCAGCUCCUGUUUGCCGUAUACAGGACAAUAAAAUCAUUUUUAAAAAUAUUUUUUCAUGAAGAUGUCAACAAUAUUUGGCAGUAAAAUGUAAGGCCAGAAACUACUCCUACCCUAAAUUCGGAUUUUCCAGUCGGUGCUUCAGUUUUCUCAGCAACUGUUCCACUGAUCUGCUUCCAACUAACUCGGAGUAGUACUCCUGAUCCGAAUAGGUGGAGCAUCCAGUUUGUCAUAGUUUGGAUUAGCGGUUCUCAUAUUUUGGCUAAAGGUUGUUCAGUCUAGAGCACCGACUACCUGCCUGUGAGGCUUUUAGGGAACAUCUGUAAAUUGCAGCAAGACUGAAAACAAUCACAAGUAAACCUGAACCUGGAGAAAACAUUGCAGGGAAAUUUGGUCACAGUUUAAAAAUAACUGCUGUCAGCAAGUAUGGCUCAGUUCCUCAUGCUUGAGCAAACCACUUCCUAAAAAUAUUAUCUGUUCUUUUUAGGCUCCCUUUGCAAAGACAUUUGGUGAAAGUAUUCCUACAUUCAUGCUUAUUUUAAACCCCUCAGCCGUAUGGACGUUUUCACCACCUGCUUUCAUUGUAUUUCCUUUACGGAGUUUGAAAAACCUGCCAAGCGCGUUUUUUCUGAAGAACUUUGAAUCACUUGUGUCUGAACCGAGCCUCGUCUCAGAGAUACUCCGGUCAGAGUUUCUAGGAAUCCACAUAUACGUGUUAUUUCACUACCUUUACAUGUAAACAAAACAAAUCUGGCGAGUAGAUCGUUUCUUUUUUUAUAUUGAGCAACAGGGUUAAAGAUGAGCGUUUGCAGUUACGAGAGUGAGAAAUCCUGAUUGAGCAAACGCUGCGGAGGAGUGACUGGAGGGAGUGGCACUCGAGGAAGGAGAGGGAGUGAGAUUACCUGCUGUCUCUCACUCCCCCUCUCUCUCUGUGCAGUCACCUCCCUCUCGGGGAGUGUACACACUCCUGCGCUCGCUCCUUGCUUGUUCACACACGCUCUGGGCUUCAUGGUGCACACACACAUACUGUCUGUCGCCGCUGACUAGACUGCUUGUGUUGAUUGUGCACAUCAAAGAAGAAGAGCUUGAGUGCAGGAGGGACUGUAAGAUCUUUUUGGACUGGGUUUCGUGGUGUGUUUAUGUUCACACGCGUGUGGGGAAAGUAAUCACAACAGCAGCAGCACUGGUCCAUGAAGCUAGGAUAAAGAAAAAGAAGUGAUUGUAGUUUGUUUUGUUUUUUGUUUUUUGUUUUUGUUUUUGUCUUUUUCUGAUUUGGCUUGUCACUGAAGACAGAUCAACUGUUUCCCUCUUCCCUGCUGCUGGUGCUGCUUCUUCCACCAGUGACAACUUACUCGACAGGAUGACAUGGCGUCCUCAGUACCGCAGCUCCAAGUUCCGCCACGUGUUUGGUAAAGCUGCCACCAAGGAGAACUGCUUUGAUGGCGUGCCAAUCACACGCAGUGUGCAGGACAACAGCUUCUGUGCGAUCAACCCACGUUUCCUGGCUGUCAUCACUGAGUGUGCUGGAGGAGGGGCCUUCUUGGUCCUGUCUGUCCAUCAUACGGGUAAAGUGGACCCUCAGCAACCUCGAGUGUCGGGCCACAGGGGCAACGUGUUAGACAUCAAAUGGAAUCCCUUCAACGACUGCUGCAUCGCCUCCUGCUCCGAGGACGCCACGGUUAAAGUGUGGGAAAUCCCUCCUCACGGUGUGUAUAAAAACAUUACAGUACCGUGGAAGGAGCUCCAGGGUCACAGUCGCAGAGUGGGCCUCAUCGAGUGGCACCCAACUGCUAACAACAUCCUCUUCAGUACUGCCUAUGACUACCAGAUAAUGAUCUGGAACCUGGACUGUCCGGAGCCGGUGAUAAAGAACCCCGUGCGGACCAUCAGUCACCACCCAGAUGUUGUCUUGUCCAUGUCUUUCAAUACAGAUGGAAGUCUUCUUGCUACCACCUGCAAGGACAGGAAAGUCCGCCUGAUGGAGUCGCGCUCUGGAACGCUGCUGCGGGAAAGCAACUGCAAGACGCACAGAGCCAAUAAAGUGCUGAUCUUGGGAAACACCAAGAUGCUUCUCACGUCGGGAACGUCGCGCUACAAUGAUCGGCAGAUAGCACUGUGGGAUCAGGAUGAUCUGUCCGCGCCUUUGUUGGAAGACAACCUGGACGGUUCGUCGGGGGUCAUUUUUCCUUUCUACGACCCCGACACACACAUGCUCUACCUUGCUGGGAAGGGUGAUGGAAAUAUCAGGUACUAUGAGAUCAGCACAGAAAAACCAUACAUUCACUUCUUAACAGAGUACCGCUCACAACUACCUCAGAAAGGACUGGGUGUGAUGCCGAAGCGAGGCCUCGAUGUGAGCUCCUGUGAAAUCUUCAGGUUCUACAAACUGGUGACAAUCAAGAGUCUCAUCGAGCCUCUUUCUAUGAUUGUACCCCGCAGGUCGGAGUCGUACCAAGAGGACCUCUAUCCAAUGACGGCUGGAAACAGGCCUGCUCUGACUGCAGAGGAGUGGCUCGGUGGCAUGGACAAAGGUCCAUUGCUAAUGUCUUUGAAGCCAGGAAGUCAAAUAGCAGAGUCCUUCUCAGACAUGAAGGCAGUGGGCAACUCACUGGAAAACUCGCUAGACACUCGCAGGUCUCAGGGCAGACCGUGCAUGCUACAGCUCGCUUACAUUCAGGACCAACUGGAAGCCAAAGAAAGCAAAGAGGACAGCAGCUGCAAAGAGGACAGCAGCCACACAGUGGAUGACAGGAUUCAGACACCCGUCACCAACGGAGAAGAUGCCACACUUUGCUCUCCUCCCAGAACAGAGAAUGAGCUGCGGUUGAAGUUCCACAAGCAGCAGGAGGAAAUCAGGCGGCUGAGGGAGCUCCUCAACCAGAGGGACGUACGCAUCAAACAGCUGGAGCUGGAGAUUAAGAACAUCAAGAACUCCCAGAGUCAGAGCUCACUUUAAGACUUUCUCCAAUUGCUGAGUCACCCUCACCUCCUCACGGGGGUAGACGCGCACAGGUGUACCAACCUACUUAACCCCGUUUUUAAAACUGCCGCAGUCUUCGUAAGGCCCCGGCUCACCGGUUUUCCUCUAACGAGCCCCACGCGCUCACUGCACAGGGGCCCGUCAAGCCUCGAUUUUAUGUUGUUUUCCUUUUUUUUUUUGGUUGUUAUCUUCAGUUUGUCGUUUUGUCGACUCUACACAGGGUGCACAUCUCUUUGCUCGUGUACAUACUUUUAAAACUCUGCACCUUUUGACCAUCCCCGCCCCCUUGCCUCAUUUCUUUUGUACGCUUCCCUAUGCAAGCUCAUUGAAAUUUUUUCCCUUUUUUCUUUUUUUUAAAAAAGCUGACGGAUAGAAGGAUGUUUGUGCCGCGUCGACCGAAUGACGUGGCUGUGCGUGCGUUGCUUGAAAGUUGUAGCGGACACCAGACAUCCCGUGUGAUUGUGAGAUAACGCUGCAUUUAUUUUCUAUGCUUGUUGAUUGUUUUUGUUUUCUUUUUCAUCCAACAUUCAAACUACUGUAAGUGAAAUGACUGUGUUUAAGUUCAGCAGACAGAUGUGAUAUGUGUGCAUGAAUGACAGCGAAAUGAAUGAAUGACUGUUUCGUGAUCCCAGCUGUGUUCUGCCAUCUCAUUAAGCUGCAUUUGUUUUUAAUUCUUCUAUCAUUUCUUUUAAUGACUGGAAAGUUGGUGGAAAUGAUCCGUUUUGCUGCGGUUAACGUGUAAGCCAAUUCAGUAACUGAUGCCAUGUAGCAGUUUGGAUCUUGACUUUUUAUAUUUAUUUUAAAAUACGGACAGAGAAAAUGCCAUUUAAUCAAAUACUUGAACUUGCUGUUGUAAUUUUGGCAAAUACAGCAUGCAAAAUGUUUAAAAAAGGACAAAACCCUGUUUGCUUUUUCCUACUGCUUUCUGAUCAUACUUCAUUUACCUGAUCAGUUUUAGGGCAAAAUGGUAUCUACUGUUGAAAAGGACACAAAAAUGUACCUCACAGCUCUGAUAAAGCUGUAAUAACAUUAAUAUGACAACAGUCAGAUGUUUUAACCAGGUCAUUUAUCCUCUUCUUUUCUCUGGGUAUAGUAAAUCAACAAGCAGGACUCUUUUAUUGCAAAACUCAAUUCUGACUCAAUUGAAUUUUUAAAGAUAAUUCGCAACAGCAGUCAUCUCAAGACUCUAUUUUUCUAUAUUUUUUUAGUGUAAAGACUCUACAGAGGGAAAACCCCAGGCAUGUUUGCCCUGUAUGAAGUGUCUUGAUUUUAGUUUAGAAACCUUAUCUGCUUGAAAUGUGGAGAACACAUAUACACUGAAAAAAACUGAGAAGCUGCAGAUGUCUUUAUGUGUAUGUUUGUAAUCUAUUGAUUUAAAUAUGAACAAACAUGAUUCCAUCCAUGGAUGGAUGGAUGGAUGAAACCCAAUUCCAGAAAAGCAGUGAUGCUGUGUAAAAUGUAAGUAAGAACAGAAUGCAAUGGUUUGCAGAUCUCAGACUUUGAGAAAAUCAAAUGGUCAUUUUGAAUUUGAUGGCAGCAGCAUGACUCAUAAAGUUGGGAAAUGGUCCUGUUUACUACUGUGUAGCAUCCCUGAUUCUUUUAACAGCAGCCUGUAAACAUCUGGGAACAGACGAGACCAGCUGCUGGAGUUUUGUGCGACUGAAGGUCCGAUCGAGGCUUCCAGCUGCUCAACACUCCUGGAUCUGCUGUGUUGUUUUUGUUUCAUGAUGAGACACAUACUGGUCAAAGGUCUGGACUGCAGUUCAGCCAUUCCAACACUCUUUUGUUAUAAAUGGAAUGUGCAAUUUUGCAUUUUCGUGUUGAAGUGUACAAGGGAUUAGCUGAAAGAAAAGCCUCAUCUUGAGGAGAGCACGUGUUAAUCUAGAACCUGAAUAUACCUUUCAACAUUGAUGUUCACAUUUAAAUACAUAUAGCUUCUUUUCUGCGUGGUAGAGCUUUAACCUGCAUUUAUGGAUGGAAAUCACUGUGAAGUGUUCCUGAGCUCAUCUGUUUUUAAUGCAGUGCUGUCUGAAUAUUGAUUUUUGGGCCUUGCGCACAGAGAUUUCUCCAGAUUCGUGCAAUCGCUGUCGAUGAUGAGAUCUUCAAAGUCUUCCUCUUUUUGCGCCCAGCCACGUCACUCACCUGUUGCCAAUUAACCUGAUUAGCUGCAGUCUUCCUCCAGCUGGUGCUUUUUAGCUUUCUUCCUUUUGUUGCUCUCCUUUUAAGACGCAUUGCUGCCAUUAAAUACAGAAUAGCCCUAAUUUUUUUUUCUCCUUAAAAUGGUUAUUAGAUUUAUAAAUCAUUACAUUCUGUCUUUACUUUACACAGCAUCCCAACUUUUUUGUGUCGUUAAGCCCCACUAUGUUAUAAACAUACAAAAAAGACGCCUGCAGAUUCUUUUUUUUUUUUCCAGUAAAUGUACAUUAAUGUGUCAGUAUCACAGAGUUAAGUUAUAUGAUAUAAGAGGUCUGCACAUUUCCAGCAGGUGAGGUUUGUAACUAAGCUGUCUAGACUGCAGUGGGCCUAAAGACAAAUAGGAUGACAUUUACCAGUGUUGUGUCACAUUCAUUUUGUGCUGGGCGAAUGUUCAGAGAGCGUUCACUCAGCACAAGAUUUCUCUGCUAUCCUGCCUCAGAAGCUGGUAUAAAUAAAAUCCGAACAAAAAAAGCAAACAAACAAACAAAGAACCCUGUCAUCAGCCAAAUUAUUGUUCUGAGCAACAAUUUCACAAUCUGUGCGUCCCUAAAGUGGACCUUGAGUGGGGAUUGAUUUGUGCGCCGCUGUUUACAAGCGUGAAUUGUUGGGCUCACUUUGAAUAUCUACGGAGCUGUGAUGACUAAGCAGCCUGCAUCUGCUGCUCACGGAGGUUCUUGUUAUGGUUUAAAGUCCACAGCAGUCCAAGACUGUUUAUCAAAACUAACCAUGUUUUAAUGUUUAAAAAAGUAAAAUGCCUUAUCGUUUUAGAAUAGGUAUAAAAUACCAGUACACUGUUUCAGCUAAAGAAACAAAACACUUCUGAAACGAAAAUGAGGGGAAAAAAAGAAAAGG